AUGUAUAAGUUUGAUAAAAAAAAGAAAGAUGAAGAAACUAAAGUGACACAUAAUCUAAAAAAGUUUGUAUUUAAAAAUGAAUUUAAAUAUGUUGAUGCUACAAAUGCUUUAAAAAAUAUUUUCUUAAAAGACAAGAAAAAUGAAGAAUCUACGAAAAAAGUGAAACCACAAAAGAGGAUUGUUGUAAAUAAGAAGUUAGUGGAUUUCGUUAAACAUAAAAAAAAUAUAAAAGAAAAUGUAUUAGGAAAAGAAAAUAAUAAAAAGGAGCUUUCAAUGAAAAUUCAAAAUAAAGGUUUCAAAAAAUAUAGCGAAGAAAGUAACCAAGUAAAUUAUAAAUAUGAUAUAAGGAAAAUGUCUGAAAAUUGUAAAGGAAGCAAGGUAUACACUCCUGUAAACUUUGAUCAAAAAAUUUCAGAGUCGAGAAAAGUCGAUUUGGCAAUUGUUAGGGGUAGGAAAAAGAAAAUUUAUUCUUCAUCAGAAGAGGAGGAUAUAGAAGAUGAAGAAGUCAAAGAAGAUAUAGAAGUAGUUGAAGAAGAGGUAGAAGAGGAAGUGGAAGAAGAGGAAGAAGAGGAAGUGGAAGAAGAGGAAGAAGUGGAAGAAGAGGAAGAAGUGGAAGAAGAGGAAGUGGAAGAAGAGGAAGAAGUGGAAGAAGAGGAAGUGGAAGAAGAGGAAGUGGAAGAAGAGGUCCAAGGAAACAUAGAAGAAGGAGAUGAAGAAAUUGUAGAAGAAGAGGUGGAAGAUGAAAAUGAGGAGGAAUACGAAGAAUAUGAAGAAUAUGAAGAAUAUGAAGAAGUAGAAGAAUGUGAAGAAGUUGAAGAAGUAGAGGAUGAUGAAGAGGGUGGUGUUCAUAAAAAGAAUGUAAAAUAUUCAUAUGCAAUUGAGGAAAAAGUUCAAAAUGAAAAUGAUGAAAAUGAUGAAUGUGAUAAGAUUAAUACGAAAAGGGAACAAAAUAGUGAUUAUACACCUAAAGAAGAAGACGACUAUGAUACAAAUGAGAAUCAAAAAGGGGGCCAGGAUAAAAAUAAAUGCAAAUUGGAAAAUAAUGGAAAUGCGCUAAAAAGCGAUUUUGUUAACUUACAAACAAAUGAAAAUAUUAACAACAAUUCUGAGGGUAACGAUAUUUUUUCAUUACAAAAAAUGAAUGUUUAUGAAACAAAAGAGGAAGAUGUACAUUCAAAAGGGGAUAAUCAACGAAAUUGUGAAAUAGAAAAUGCUUUUAUGAUUUUAAAGGAUAAAAUAAAAACAAAAAAUAUGGAAUACUUAAAACUCUUAAAUAAGAUCAUGGAAGGAUUAUUAGAAUAUGAAAACUUUUAUAAAAGUAUUAAACAAUUUUUGAAGAAAUAUUAUGUGUAUAAUGAUAUAUAUAUUGAUGAAGAAUUUUUUCAUGAUUUUUUAUUAGAAGAGGAAGAUAAUAAUUAUGAAAUUCCAUAUAAAAAAAAAACGUUAAGAGAUACCAAUAUUAUUGAAAAAAUAGAAGAUAAUAAUACGGAUAAUAUAUCUGAAGGGUUAAAUACUCAAGAGACUGAUAUGUACAAACGUAUUGAAGAUCACCAUAUAAAGAAAUAUAAGGAUUGUUACAAUAAUAACGAUCAAGAUAAUAAGAAUAGUUAUAAAGAUAUGGAAUCAAAGAAUAUACCUCUAAAACAAGAAAAUAUGAAGGAUGAAAAUGAAGAAAUUUUAAGUGUUGAAAAUGUAAACAAAAUUAUACAGAAAGGUGAACAGGAAAAAAUUGAGAAAGAAAAAGCAGAAGACCUGAAUAUGUAUGAAGAUGAUAGUAAUGAUGAUGAAGAGGAGGAGGAUAGAAGUAAGAAAGAUAUAUGUUCGAGAGUUAGUGAAGAAAAAGAACAGAAAAUUGACAAAGAGGAAAAAGAGAUUAAAAUAAAUGAUAAAUCAAAAAAUGAAGAUGAUAAGGAACAUGAAGAAAGUAAAAGUGACUAUUACAGUGGUGAUAGUAGUGGAUUCUCAAGUAAUAAAGCUGAGAGUAAUUAUGAACAAAAUGAAAACGAUAAAAAUAAAGAAAAGAAAGAUAAUAUUAAUAGUGAUAGUAUUAAAAGUAAAGAAGAAGAAAAGGAAAAUAUAAAAUCAAGUGAAGAAGAAAGUGAAGGAAAAAGUGAAGAAGAAAGUGAAGGAAAAAGUGAUGAAGAAGGUGAAGGAAAAAGUGAUGAAGAAAGUGAUAGAGAAAGUGAAGGAAAAAAUGAUGAAAAAAGUAAAGAAGAGAGCGAUAAUAAAAGUGAUGAUGAAAGUGAUGAUGAAAGUGAUAAUGAAAGUGAUAAUGAAAGUGAUGAUGAAAGUGAUGAUGAAAGUGAUGAUAAAAGUGAUAAUAAAAGAGAUAAUAAAUGUGAUGUUAAAAGUGAUGUUAAAAGUGUUGUUAAAAGUGAUAAUGAAAGUGAUGAUGAAAGUGAUAAUGAAAGUGAUGAUGAAAGUGAUGAUGAAAGUGAUGAUGAAAGUGAUGAUAAAAGAGAUAAUAAAAGAGAUAAUAAAUGUGAUGAUAAAAGUGAUGUUAAAAGUGAUGUUAAAAGUGAUAAUAAAAGUGAUGAUAAAAGUGAUGAUAAAAGUUCAAAUAGGAGCCUUAGCGAAAGUACAAGUUCAGAUGAAAAGAAAAACAUCAUUGAUGACAAAAAUAAAAAUGAAAAUACAUCCGAAAGUGAGAGUGAUAACGAUAAUAAUGAUGAAAGUGAUAGUACACAUGAUAAUGAUAUUGAAAGUAAAAAGAAAAUUCGUCGUGAUUUUAAAGGUGAUCGAGAAACGGAAGGUAAAAAUGAUGUCAAUAGUGACAAUGAAAAUAAAGUCAAAAAUUAUUGUGAGAACAUAAGCAAAUGUGAUAGUCAAAGUGACGGAGGAGUUGCAUCUAAAAAUGAUAAGAAAUAUGAAGGAACAAAUAAUAACAAUGGUCAAAGCCAAAAUGAUAUUCAAAGUGGUAGCCAAAGUGGUAGCCAAAGUGGCAGCCAAAGUGGUAGCCAAAGUGGCAGCCAAAGUGGCAGCCAAAGUGGUGGCCAAAGUGGUAGCCAAAGUGGUAGCCAAAGUGACAAUCAAAGUGAAAGUCAAAGUGAUAGCCAAAGCGAAAGUGAUAUCCAGAAUGAUAGCAGUAGUGAAAGCUAA